AUGGCAGACAAAAAUGGCAAGAAAGGGAAACCUGUAGGCGUGAAGAGAACAUUGACCAAGAGAGAACAAGAAGAUAUGAAGAAAAAGGUAAGAGAUUUGACCAUUUAUAGCUAGCCAUCUUCAACAAAGUGUAGGCCUAUUCUUUUCAAUUUUAAAACAAUCACUUUUCCAGGAAGAAGAAAAAGCAGCUGAAGUUUUUGAAGAGUUUUUAGCAUGUUUUGACAGUAAUGACAAAAGUGGGGUGAAGACCUUUGUCCGUGGGGGUAUCGUCAAUGCAACUAAAGGUGAGCGAAACAUCCUGGCGAAUCCAACUUCGGUUGAAUCUGUGUUGCGAACACUAUUUUCCAUUAUUUUAAUGCCUACACGGUUACAAUUUCUAUUUGAUUUUUUUUGCAGAAGAGGAAGCAGCAGAGGUGAAAAAGAGCAAGCUUUACCGACCGAUCACCAAGUUUACUUCAGUGUCCCAGAAUGUCUCACCGGCACACUCUUCUGAAAUCAGAAGGCCUGUGAGUAUCCAUGUGAAUCCCUUACUGUGUAUACAGAAUGAUACAUUAUUUUGUCCCCUUAUAUGUUUGCCUGGUCCACAGAUUGUUAAAAAGAAGACAGAAGAGAAGAAGAAGAGCAACCUUGAACUUUUUAAAGAGGAGCUAAAGCAGUAUGUUUUUUGACACGUCGUAGUAAUUCAUGUUGUUUCAUUAUUUAUUUGACCAAUUUGUUGUUUAUUUUUGUGUGCAAAUAAUUCUGUUCUCCUAGAAUACAGGAGGAACGUGAAGAAAGGUACAAAAGAAAGACAAAAGAGCCUGGAGGAGGAUAUGGAGACUUGGACAUACCACUAAUGCCACGAUCAAGUAAGAGACAAAUCUGUCCUUUGCAGUGGAAUAAGAAUGGUUUACUACAAUAAGCCUUAGUCCAAAUCAAAGAUGAACCCUCUGUAGCUUUUACAUGUUUAGCUACAUAUGAACGUCUCCCUCCAGUAUUUGAUGAUGACCCAGCCAUACCGAACACAACCAACCUGUACAUUGGCUGCAUUAGCCCUAAGGUAAAGAAACUAUCUGCUUAGGACGUUUUGACAAAGGAGAUAAAGAUUCACAAUAUAGCCAGCUCUUCGUUUGUUUUUGAUAAAUUCAACCAACUUAAAUGCUGACUGAAUUUCUGCGAAACUUUGCUGAUAUGAUACUUAUGAUGUGUCAGAUGAAUGAAGAAAUGCUUUGCAAAGAGUUUGGCAAGUAUGGUCCCCUGGCGAGUGUGAAGAUCAUGUGGCCCCGUAGUGACGAGGAACGCACCAGGGUCACAAACAGAGGCUUUGUGGCCUUCAUGACCAGGAAAGAUGCAGAGAGGGCCUUGGCUGCUCUAGACGGUGAGUCAAUCUGUGAUAAGGGAAUAUUACAUUCUGUUCAGUAAACAACGCAAGAUGAUAAAUGCCCUGCUCCGUGUUCCAUUGACCUUGUAGGAUCAUUGCUGCUUUUUACUGCAGGUAAAAUGGUUAUGGGUUUUGAAAUGAAGCUGGGAUGGGGGAAAGCUGUUCGCAUCCCUCCGCAGCCACUCUAUACACCUAUAGGGGUACUUAAAAUGUCCACGCCCCCACCCCCCUCCGGCCUGCCCUUCAACGCUCAGCCCAGAGACCGCUUCCGCAAUGACUUUACCAAGCCAUGGGGCAGGUCCAAGGAGGAGUUUGACAAGGUAGGUUGGUCCUUUAAAAAAAAAAGACUGUAGGGUAGGGCUCUCCAACCCUCUUCCUGGAGAGCUACCGUCCUGUAAAUUUUCGCUCCAACCCUAAUCUAGCGCACCUUUCUAAUAAUUAGCUGGUUGAUAAGCUGAAUCUGGUUAGUUAGAACUGGGGCUGGAGUGAACUUACAGGAGGGUAGCUCUCCAGGAACAGGGUGAGGAGACCCCUGCUAUAGCGUGUGUGCAUGGUUCUGUCAAGUUGUUGAAAAUAAUUUUUUGCUUUGUUUUAAACUACAGUUCAUUCGCCAAUUUGAGGUGUGUGUGUAGUAGAUAUUCUAUGCAGGUUGAUACAUUUAUCAUAGGCUCAAUCAACUGGACAUUGCUUAGAAUUUGAUCUAGAAUUCAGAACGGCAUUUGUAUGCACAAACAAAAGGGAUGUGAUGGUCAUGUUCUGAAAUAGCAGUUCCGAGUUCCAUUUACCUUUUUAAAUUCCAGUUGGUUUGUCCUGUGGUGCUUGUAUAGACAUGUUAUGAAUCUAUUCCUUAGACUAGUAGUGACCUAGUUUUAGGAUAGGUCCUAAGGCAGGGGAUUUGACCCAGAUAGAGUUAUGAGGUAGUUACAGAACCAUAUGUAAUCAACGUUACUGUAAAAUUAAGAGGGUGGGGGUAUUCUAUAGAUAAUUUACUUUAACAACAGUGUAGCUGUCUCUCGAAUGUGGGAACCUUUUCCCUCGUUAAAAUAAAGUAUAGCUGUUACUGCUAUCGUCAUUUUUAUAUGCUGUAUGUAUCCUGCAGUGUUUCAUCUGUGUGUAUAUAUACUCACUUUUUUUAUAUCUUCACUAUUUGAUUUGACUUCACGAACAGACUCUGUCCGAAGCUGUAGUCAAAGUGGUUAUCCCAACAGAAAGGUACACACUCUUUAUCCAUUCUUACUACUACUGCUACUACGACUGACCAGACGUUCUCACAGACAGAACAGUGUUAGAGGCCCUGCCCUGGUGUACUGGUCUUGUGUACGUAUGUGACAGACAGGAAGCCCCAGUCCUAAGUGAUACGCCUGUAUGUACAUGACUGAUGGAAGAGGACAGCUGAGAACAUAACUGUUUUUGUGCUUUUCUCCCUACAUGUCUCAUAGUUUGUAGUAGUGUCCUGUUCUAACAUUGGUCUGCAUUAAGCUAUCUUGUUGACAACAUGGCCUAUGUUCAGGGAAUUGGUUACCCCUGCUGCUUAGGACUGGAGGCCCUGUAUCUAACUAGUAGGAGGGCCAUGGGCCUCAGUUGAACACUGUUGAAGUGAAUCAUUGGCCUAGUAAGCAAAGCCCAUAGUUUAUUCAUUCAUGUCAUCCUCAUUAGAUUAGUAAAUGACACCAUUGUAAUCCCCGUCAGGAAAAUGGAUUGUUAGACUUUUAAAUUAUUGUUGGAGUCCGUUAUAUCCAUUGAAACGUACUGGUACUAAUUUCAGUGGCAAUCUUUGUUCUUCCUACCUGUGUUGGCUGAGACACUGCAGACAGAUACAGCUAGAAGGCAAAUGCAUUUUAGAUUAAAAUCAGUAGUAGCUAAUAGUAGUAAGUAAUGUUGUCACUAUCAUUUAUAUAUAUACAGUAUAUAGCCCCACUUUUUAAAUUUAGAAACACCUACUGCUUCUUCAUUUAGACACAUAGUACUAGACACAUGACAGAAGGAAACACUACUUCUGAUGUAACUGCACACUAGGGACAGACGUCUCCCCAACUCACUCGUGUGUGCACACCAACACACAUCACACAACAUAUCCUCAAUGUUGCUGUGAUAAAUGAUUGCAGAGGGACAAAUGUAAGCACCCACAAUGUUCUAGAAGAGAGACCGAGAGAGAGGUUAAAGGGCUUGGGGCCAGUGUUCAGUGAGAGCUUUGACAUGGUCACUGGUUUGAAUGAGGGGGGACAAGUCACAGCGUUCGGUCUCUCAUCCCCUCUCCUUUUACUCCACAGGAAUCUGUUAGGCCUCAUCCACAGGAUGAUAGAGUUUGUGGUGCGUGAGGGACCCAUGUUUGAAGCCGUCAUUAUGAGCAAAGAGAAGAACAACCCUGACUUGAGGUGAGCUGCCAUUGCUGAGCUCUCCCUUUCCCUCUAGUCACACCACUGGUCUAAAGAUAUCUUUUUAAACUCGUGUUUCUAUUCAUGAUUUCAGGUUCCUUUUUGACAACAAAAGCCAAGACCAUGUGUACUACCGCUGGAAACUCUACUCCAUUCUCCAGGUAGGUCAUGCUCUUAAUCUGGCCUGGCUACACCCCUAUGACCAUGAGUCCAUCUCAAAUAAAAUGUUAUUUGUCACAUGCGCUGAAUACAACUGGUGUACUUUACCAUGAAAUUCUUUCUUACGAGCCAUUCCCAACAAUGCAGAGUUAGUAACACAAUUAGAAUAACAUACACAAGCAUGAAGCUAUAUACAGAGAGUUUCAGUACCAGAUCAAUGUGCAGGGGUACGAGAUAUUUGAGGUAGAUAUGUACAUGAAGGCAGGUUAAAGUGACUAGGCAUCAGGAUAGAUUAUAAAGCGUAAAAUAAAGAACAGUACCCACUACACCUCUACUGCGCCUCAUCCGUAUCCCUCUCCCUCCAUCCCCAGGGUGAGCCCCCCAGUGAGUGGCGGACGGCAGACUUCCGGAUGUUCCGUGGGGGCUCCAUCUGGAGGCCGCCCCUCCUAAACCCCUACCUCCAUGGAGACGAGGAGGCGGGAGACGAGGAGGAGUCUCCCUCCCAGGAGGAGGAGCUGAAGAAGGGCCAGCUCAAGACUGAGUAAGUGUUGCUGUACACACAGAGGCAGGUUCUGAGGCAGAUUGAAGAUAAAAGGCAUUCUCUCAUGGAAUUGACAUGUUAUUGGAAAUAUCGACAUUCUCAGGAUAAUAAUGAAUGCGUAUUUUUAUUCCAGGCACAGAGAGAGACUAGAGACGCUGCUGAGAGGACUCACCCCUCGUAGGGAGGACGUUGGUGAUGCUAUGCUGUUCUGUCUGGAGAGAGCAGAGGCAGCAGAGGAGGUGGUGGGGUGCAUCGCAGAGUCCCUGUCCCUCCUUCAGACACCACUACAGAAAAAGGUCCCUUAUCCUAUGACAGUCUUACAUGAUCAACCACAUUCACAUGGCAUACAGUAUAUACCCCCAAAAAAUAUAAUCAACGGCCCCUGGAGCAAAGGGUUACGUGCCUGGCUCAAGGCACAUCGACAGGUUUUUCCACCUUGUCGGUUACUGACCCAACGCUAACCGCUAGGCUACCUGCCGCCCAGAUUAUUACUCACAAUCAUCAUGUCUAUCUUUAUUCCCACAGAUUAUUACUCCCAAUCAUCAUGUCUAUCUUUAUUCCCACAGAUUGCAAGACUGUACCUUGUAUCCGACAUCUUGUACAACUCCUGUGCCAAAGUUGCCAAUGCAUCUUAUUAUCGCAAAUUGUAAGGAAAGUCUAUUUGAAAUACGUUUGUCAUUAUAUAAUACACAUGCUCUGUGGUCAUACUGUGUCCUUCUGUUUAAGGGUUUUCACUGUUUCUCUGUUCCUUCAGUUUUGAAGCAAAAUUGCCCCAGAUAUUUGGUGACAUUAGUGAUGCAUAUCGAAACAUACAAGCAAGACUACAAGCUGAACAGUUCAAGGUAAUGAGUGUAGUUUAAAAAAAUGAUAACGCUUUAUAACCUUUUUCCAUGCUUGUGAUUUGUUGUUGCCUUGGCCAGAACAAAUACAUUAACGCUCACCCACAUGUCUUCUCUCCUCAGCAAAAGAUAAUGGGCUGUUUCAGGGCCUGGGAAGACUGGGCCGUAUACCCAGAGUCUUACCUGAUCCAGCUACAGAACAUCUUCCUGGGUCUGAUCAAGGCAGGAGAGGAGGUGAUCGAGAGGGUAGAGGUGAGCUGGAUCUCAGGACCUGUCCUGGACAAGACCUGGAAAAUAGUUUUGAUCAAUGCCUAUUUGAUUGAUGACACUGUUACAUUCUCUGAUAGUGUGUGUAAAUAUACAAUGCAGCUAGAAGCAGAGCUGAAUUUAGCGACAUUGGUUUAUGUGGGCUGGGCAUAUCUCACCUCAGGUGGCGUCUCCAGACCUGGAUGGGGCGCCGUUAGACGGAGCUCCGCUUGACGACCUUGACGGCUCGCCCCUGGCCUGGGACCCUGCCUCCCUGGAUGGGGUGCCUGUUGAUGACAUCGACGGGGUUCCCCUCGGUGCACCCAUGGACGACAUUGACGGAAUGCCUUGUAGGUCAAUCUGGCAGAAUUUUUGUGGAAAAUGGAAACAAUUAAAACGUUAUAAGAUGUGGACUUGAUGUAAGUUUGUGUUCUGCAGUGGAUGACCUGGCCCACUCCAGAGUGGCUCUGUCUAAAUGGGAGAGGGUGGACGAUGCUGAUGCUCUCCCACAAGGUACUGUACUGUCAGCACUGUAAACCCAACAAUAAUAUCUCUACUAGAGCUGGGCUCACUCUGCCUCUUCCUCUUUCAGCUAACACUGAAUCCAAAUGGGACACUUUGGGAGAGCGAGACUUGGGGGACGACCUGAAUGCAAGGUAAGAACCUGGUGCAGGCACUCUUUUCCCAUCACUCAAGAUCAUACGAAUGGUUGGAAACCCAACUCCUCACAGAGUAACUGUGAUGUAGCAUGUCCUGCAGUGCUGCUGUAGAGCAGUGUUUUCCAGCUCCAGGACCCCCAACAGUAACCCUGGACAAAGAAAACCCUGAUUAAACUUGUCAAGGGCUUAAUGAUUAGUUGACAAGUAGAAUAAAGUGUGCUUGUUCAAGGCCACAACAAAGAAAUGUACUGUUGGGGGUACUGGAGGACUUAGUGGCUCUUCUCAUCUUCUCUCCCCCUGGUCCACAGUGCUAACAUUAAGGGAGGAGAUGGGGAGUCCGAGGAUGACAGCAGCGAUGAUGAUAGCCCCUCUAAGUACGACAGUGCUGACUUCAAGAGCUCCCUCAGCAGUUUUGAGAUGUCAGAGAGCAAGAGGAGCCGGCUGAGGGAGCUGGAGGCAAGCACACACCAAUGUAACACAACACACAACACAGUGCAGCAGACCUUCAGACUCAGUCCAUACCGGUCAACCGACUAAUAUUAAUAAUAAUACAUACAGUGCCUUCAGAAAGUAUUUAUACCCCUUGACUUAUUCCAUAUUUUGCUGUGUUACAGCCUGAAUUCAAAAUGGAUUAAAUGUGAUUUCUCACAUCUACCAUAAUGGCAAUUAUAAACUGUCUGGUUCGAGCCCUGAAUGCUGAUUGGCUGAAAGCUGUGGUAUAUCAGACCGUAUACCAUGGGUAUGACAAAACAUUUAUUUUUACUGUUCUAAUUACGUUGGUAACCAGUUUUUAAUAGCAAUAAGGCACCUCGGGCGUUUGUGGUAUAUUGCCAAUAUACCAUGGUUAAGGGCUGUAUACAGGCACUCCGCGUUGCGUCGUGCUUAAGAACAGCCCUUAGCUGUGGUAUAUUAGCCAUAUACCACACCCCUCGUGCCUUAUUGCUUAAAUACCCCAUAAUGGCAAAGUGAAAAAAUAUUUUAGCUAAUGUGGUCCUCUGUAGCUCAGCUGGUAGAGCACGGCGCUUGUAACGCCAAGGUAGUGGGUUCGAUCCCCGGGACCACCCAUACACAAAAAUGUAUGCACGCAUGACUGUAAGUCGCUUGGAUAAAAGCGUCUGCUAAAUGGCAUAUUAUUAUUAUUAUUAUUUAAUUUAUUGAAAAUGAAAUAGAGAAAUAUCUAAUUUAAAUAAGUAUUCACACCCGAGUCAAUACUUUGUAGAUGCACCUUUGGCAGAGAUGACAGCUGUGAGUCUUUCUGAAUUGUGCAAAAUUUGCCCAUUUAUUAUUUUCAAAAUUCUUCAAGCUCUGUCAUAUUGGUUGUUGAUCAUUGCUAGACAACCAUUUUCAGGUCUUUCCAUAGAUUUAAGUAGAUUUAAGUCAAAACUGUAACUCGGCCACUCAGGAACAUUCACGGUCUUCUUGGUAAGCAACUCCAGUGUAGAUUUGGCCUUGUGUUUUAGUUGAAUUCAUCUCCUAGUGUCUGGUGGAAAGCAGACGGAACCAGAUUAUCCUCUAGGAUUUUGCCUGUGCUUAGCUCCAUUCCGUUUCUUUUUUUAUCCUGAUUGCUUUGCCACAUUUUUUGCAGUAUUACUUAAGUGCCUUGUUUCAAACAGGAUGCAUGUUUUGGAAUAUUUUUUUGUAUGUACAGGCUUCCUUCUUUUCACUCUGUCAAUUAGGUUGAUCCACCCUCAGUUUUCUCCUAUCUCAGCCAUUAAAUCUGUAACUGUUUUAAAGUCACCAUUGGCCUCCUGGUGAAAUCCCUGAGCAGUUUCCUUCCUGUCCGGUAACUGAGUUAGGAAGGACGCCUGUAUCUUUGUAGUGACUGGGUGUAUUGAUACACCAUCCAAAGUUUAAUUAAUAACUUCACCAUGCUCAAAGGUAUAUCCAAUGUCAUUUUUUUUACCCAUCUACCAAUAGGUGCCAUUUAUAACAUUUUUAAAUUUUAGUCAUUUAGCAGACGCACUUAUCCAGAGCGACUUACAGGAGCAAUUAGGGUUAAGUGCCUUGCUUAAGGGCACAUCGACAGAUUUCUUACCUAGUUGGCCUGGGGAUUAGAACCAGCGACCUUUCGGUUACUGGCACAACGCUCUUAACCACUAAGCUACCUAUAAGGCAUUGGAAGACCUCCCUGGUCUUUAUGGUUGAAUCUGUGUUUAAAAUUCACUGCUCGACUGAGGGACCUUACAGAUAAUUGUAUGUGUGGGGUACAGAGUUGAGGUAGUUAUUCAAAAAUCAUGUUAAAACACUGAUUGCACACAGUCCGUGUGUCUUGUUAUGCACAUUUUUACUCCUGAACUUUAGGCUUGCCAUAACAAAAGGGGUUGAAUACUUGACUCAAGACAUUUAAGCUUUUCAUUUUUAAAUAAUUUGUUAAAAUGUUGACAUUUUGUGGUAUUGGUGUAAGCUAGUGACAACUUCAGCCUGUAACACAAGAUGUGGAAAAAGGGGUGUGAAUACUUUCUGAAGGUACUGUAGGUCUUCUAUAGCGCUUUUCAAAACCCGAACACACUUAGCUAAUAUUCUAUUCUUGAAAGCAGUUGAUUUCCAUUCAUUUAUGCAACAAUUGGACCCACUGUCCAAACAGUACGAAUGUAUGUAUAGUAUCUUAUAUUUACUCAAGUGUCUCUGCUGCAGGUGAAGGUGAUGAAGUUCCAGGAUGAGCUGGAGUCUGGGAAGAAGCCCAGGAAGUCACAGAUGAACAUGCAGAAACAGGUGGAGCACUACAGGAACAAGCUGCUACAAAAGGUGGGUCUCUAGUGUACUUGUAUUUCAUAUAAGCCCAGCAGUAAGGGAAACUGUCCAGAUACCAUGAAGUUGCAGGUUUAAAAUGUGACAAAAAAAAACCCAGUUGCAAUGGAUCCACAUGUUCUCUGUUCACCUCCAGGAGUUCGAUAAGGAUGACAAGGAGAAGAGAGAGAGAUCCAUUCCGAAGUCAAAAGACCGAUCAAAGAAGGAUGAGAGGAGAGACAAGGCAGAGGAGAGCAGUAAAGCACGGGACAAGGAGAAGAGUAAAAGAAGUCAAGACAGGGACAGGGGACGGAGUAGAGACACAGAGGAGCGGACACAGAAAUACAGAGGACAUUCUCCCUCAAAGUAAGGCCUGUGUGAAACCACUGUUUGUGUUCAGCAUUCUAUAUAUUUGUGCUGACUGACUCACCCCUAUCCCACCCUUCCAAACAGAAUCAAGUCAAAGUCUCCCAAGAAGUCCAAGCGGUCCCGGUCGCCCUCGCCAGUCAGGAAGACGUGGAGGAGGUCUAGCUCCCGGUCACCACACCGCUCCCACAAAAAGACAAAGAAGAGCAAACACUGA